AUGGAGCCUGGGGCCAGAGGAGAGAGACUACAUCCUUGUGAUUCAUUUAAAAAGAACUUAAAACAAAAUUCAGAUAUAAUUAGGCAUGAGAGAAUUUGUGCAGGAAAAAAACCUUGGAAGUGUAAUGAGUGUGAGAAAGCCUUCAGUUACUAUUCAGCUUUUGUCUUGCAUCAGAGAAUUCACACAGGAGAAAAACCCUAUGAAUGUAAUGAAUGUGGUAAAGCCUUUAGCCAGAGUAUACACCUUACUCUACACCAGAGGAUUCAUACUGGAGAGAAACCCUAUGAAUGCCAUGAAUGUGGGAAAGCCUUUAGUCACCGCUCAGCCCUUAUUCGGCAUCAUAUAAUUCAUACUGGAGAAAAACCCUAUGAAUGCAAUGAAUGUGGGAAGGCCUUUAAUCAAAGUUCAUACCUCACUCAACAUCAGCGAAUUCAUACUGGAGAGAAACCUUAUGAGUGUAAUGAAUGUGGGAAGGCCUUCAGCCAAAGCACAUUUCUUACCCAACAUCAGGUCAUUCACACUGGAGAGAAACCUUAUAAGUGUAAUGAAUGUGGCAAAGCCUUUAGUGAUCGGUCAGGCCUUAUUCAGCACCAGAGAACUCAUACUGGGGAGCGGCCUUAUGAGUGUAAUGAAUGUGGGAAAGCCUUUGGCUACUGCUCAGCCCUGACUCAACACCAGAGAACUCACACUGGAGAGAAACCUUAUAAAUGCAAUGACUGCACCAAAGCCUUCAGUGACCGCUCAGCCCUUAUUCGUCAUCAGAGAACACACACUGGAGAGAAACCUUAUAAGUGUAAGGAUUGUGGGAAAGCAUUCAGCCAGAGCUCAUCUCUUACAAAACAUCAGAAAACUCACACUGGAGAAAAGCCCUAUAAGUGUAAGGAAUGUGGAAAAGCCUUCAGCCAGAGUUCAUCCCUUUCUCAACACCAGAAAACGCAUACUGUAGGGAAAUCCAAGGAAUAUGUACAAGCCUUUAGUGAGCAUAUAGCCUGUGGCCAACAAAAGAGAAUUCAUACUGGAUAA